CCUUGUUCCUUUAUCCCUUUCCCCCCAAAAAAACUAGCACUUUCUUUUUUUUUUUUUCUUUACGGAAAAAAAAACCCAUCCACUUUCAUUUCUUUGAACCUCAACCCUUACCAGUCCUUACUAAAAACACCCUUCCUUAUUAAUAAUGAAUAAGCUUCAUUGGUCUUCCGAAUAUCUUCAUGAUUGUCCUGUUACUCACCAACCAUACAUGUCUAAAAUGGAAUUAGAGCAACAAGCUAGUUUAAUGUAUCCUGUCUCCCCCUUCUACGCAUCUACCAUUGCUUCUCCCUCUGCUUCACCUUUAUCCAGUAGUGGUGUUAUUUACGGUGAUUCCUUUGUGACCAGUCCCUAUAUGCACGGUCAACAUCCUGGUAGUCCUGACUCAUUAAUGUCUGGAUUAUCUUCAGCUCCUCUUUACCCUCAACAACAACAACAACACCACCAUCAAAUGCCCCCUCAACUCGUCCAAUCCUCUUCUACUUCCACCGUCCAUUCCACCAACAGCACUUCUUCUUCUUCCGCUGCUGCUGCUACUGCUUAUUUAAAUGAGACUAUUGCAAAGGCUUCAGCAUUGCCUGAAUCCUUUUAUCCCGAGUUUCUUCAAUAUUCCAAAGAAUCCUUUGAGCAAUCCACUACGCAUCGCAUCAACAACAAGAAGAGAAAUAGAGCUGAUGAAGAUGAAAAGGUCAAGUUUUCCUCUUCCUCUUCUUCCUCUUCUGAGGAUGAUGAUGAAGAUGAUCAACGUCCCUCUCGCAAGCAAAAAGUCGAACAACAAGAUGCUACCUCCACUGUCACCGAGUUGAGACGCCAGAUUCAUAUCCAAUCUGAACAGAAGCGUCGUGCCCAAAUCAAGGAUGGCUUUGAGGACUUGCGUACCGAGUUACCUGCUUGUUUGAACAAGAAGAUGAGCAAGGUUACCUUGUUGCACAGAACUGUUCAGCAUAUUCAGCAUUUAAAGUCUACUCAAAUGACAAUAUUGGCUGAGCUCGAACGUCUUGUCCAGGAAAAUGAACAGCUCCGAACUUUCCAACAAGGUGUGUUACAAAAGCAAGCACUUGAAAAUAUGUAUUCUAUUGGAAACAUCUAAACUCCUCGAUCUUUUCUUUUUGUAUUUUUCAACUUACUUUUAUUUCUACUUAUACAUAGCACACAUAUAACCUUUUAAUACCCUCUAUAGACAUCCCCCCUUCGCCCUUUUUCUCUCUUUUUAAAGUUGGUUUUCUUAAUCAAAGCUACUUUAAAGUGAGAGAAAAAAAAAAGGACUCUCUCUCUCUCUCUUUUCUUUAUUAGACCCAUUUCUUUUUAUUUUUAUGUAAUCUUUCCCAGAAAAAAAAAAAAAAAAAAAAAAAAGAAAAAAAAAAUCGCUUUUUUUUUUGCCUCUUUUUUUUUUUAUUAUUUUCACCUAUGAUAAAUUUUAUCUACACACAAAAAAAAACCCACUCUCACCCC